UUUAUGUAAAGGCUGCUUAGGGCUGUGUGACAGCAUGUGUUAACGCCGCUGAAGUUAUGAAAGUAAUAGGAACAGAAUCACGUCAGGGCUCAUCAUCAGGUGAAGGUCCACACCCACUCAAAAAGCCUGUGCAAGAGUGGAAGACAGAGCCUCCAGUCAGCCUGGUGCAGAAACCUGAGAAUACAGAGUCAGUGUGAGACUUCAGCAGGUUUCAUCGCACAAGUCAGCAAGACAAAAGGAACAAGAGAGUCUACAGCCAUGCCAGCAGCUUGUUGAGAGGCUUGUGACAGCCCCUUGCUUUCUGCCUGCAGUGACUUGUUCUCUCUUGCAGGAGCCUGCAGUCAGGGAGGUUGUUAAACCUAAAGUGGUGGCACUUGUUUAGUCCUCCACCAAGAUCACUCUCCAUCUCCCUUUCUCUCUCUCUCUCUCUCUCUCUCCAUCCAUCCAUCCAUCCAUCCAUCCAUCCAUCCUCAACCGCUCUUCCUGCGUACAGGGUCGCAGGGGGCUGGAGCCAAUAACAGCUGACAUCGGGCGAAAGGCGGGGUACACCCUGGACAGAAAGAUAUUUCAGAGCCGUAUAAUCUCCUAUUGUCUUGGUAGUGACCUUGAAGAUGUGGCAGAGGACCUGAGGGUACACGAGGGCACAUAAAAUGAUAUAUCAUCUGUCACGUAGGUCUUGGCUAUCAGCACGGUUCUGUCUCGAACCGGCGACUUCGGGUAUGGGAGGCUGACACGCUGACGAGGAGGCGAAAACCCUAAAACUAUUGGUCGCCAUUGCGUUUCUUGAGGCGUAGGGAAGUAGCAACUUGACUUAACUACAAGAUUUCAGAAAUUCCUAUCCUGAUAAUGUAUGAUUGUAUCUGAUUGUAGUGGCUAAGAGUGACACAAAAUGUAAUACUCAAAAAGUACCUCAAAAUCUUUCUAAUGCACAAUACUUGUGCAAUAAAUGUAUUUAUUUGCUUUCUAGAUACACACACUGUGUACAGUACAUGUAUACCUACAUACAGAUAACAAAUGUUUUCUGUCCACUCAUGUAAAAAGCAAGUCUCCCCUGAGCAAAAUACAUGAACUUCUUUUUUCAGUUAAUAGUCCAUUGUGGUUCUCAGGACAGGACUGCUGUACAUUUCCACAAAAAAAGUAAUGGAGACACAUGUGGGCCAUAGAAACACAAGGCUAGAAUUAAACAGAAUGAUGUCACCUGUGUAUCACUCAUAUAUUGAAAGUGUCACAAUGUUUUCAUAAGUCAUUCACAUAAAUAAAUACAUUUAGAAAUGGCUUUAAUCAGUAAAAGACUAAUUUAAAUGUAAUAAAAUGUAAAAACAUAAUCCACAUCCUUCUUCCUUUAAGAUGAAUACAAUGAACUUAGAAUAAGUGUAACGUGACCUUGUCUGUGUGUUUUAUCAACUGCUUGUUUGUUUCUCAUGUUGUUGUUUUGUUUGUUUGGUGAGCCGAAAACAAAUUUCUACGCUUGGUGGAUAAUUCUUCUAAUAGUUCUAGGUCUAUGUAAGAGACACCGACACGUGUGAAUACCUGGGGGGGCUCCAGGGUUACACAGGUACGUGUUUUGUUUUUCACUUAGCGGCCUUGAUUAAAACCUGGAAAGGAAGACAGUUACCAUGGGCGUCUCACCUGUGGAAUUAAUUAUCGUCAGAAAGAUAGAGGAUGGCCCACUUAGCUUCUCCUCAUUUCCUCAUAAACAAGCUGUGCCGCUGGGUCUCAUAUCACAUUUGUACGGGACUCUAACCAGGUAAGAACACCACUCACAAAUACUCUGUUUCUUACUAAAUAAUGUUAGUCUUAUUACAUUAAAUGUGUAAACCAUAAAACAUUUAUUUUGUCAGGAACCUGCAAGAGUUAUCAUCCUUCCAGCAGAAUGCCGAGCCAACUUGAGGGUGCAAUGGAUGCUCUGAUAACAGUCUUCUACAACUACUCUGGACAUGAUGGCGACAAAUACAAACUCAACAAGGGCGAGUUAAAGCAACUCUUGAACAGUGAGCUCACUGACUUCCUCAUGUCUCAGAAGGAUCCAAUGCUGGUGGAGAAAAUCAUGAAUGACCUGGACUCUAACAAAGACAACGAGGUGGAUUUCAAUGAGUUUGUUGUCUUGGUGGCAGCACUGACUGUUGCCUGCAAUGACUUCUUCCAAGAGCAGAAGAAGAAAGCCAAGUAGAUGUGUGUAAGAAACCGACUGUAAACCAAGUGUAAAUCUUUGUCAGGAUUAAAUGUCAUCACAUUAAAAAAAGUAAAUGUUCCAGUUAAAUAAUUUGUAAUAGCAUUUAUACAUGAGUAUAGGAUUCUGAAUGUAACAGUUAUAAAUGUAGACACUCAUAGAUGUCAUGUUGUCCAAAAAAAAACUUGUCUUAUCAAUUUUCAGCCUGGAACUGUUGAUGACUUUGUGAUCUUACAUUGAGCUUGUCUGAUCCAAAUUAUAGUCAUUCUUAUGUUAGAGUGAUGUUUGCAACUAGAAAAUACAAAAUGCCCUUUUCCUAAAUUGUCCGGUGUUGUCAUUGUUAUAUAUCUAUUGUGUUUGGAGCUGUGUUUUUAUCCCAAACUUGGGACAUUACAGUAAAAACUAAACUCUUCUUGUUUUGUCUAAAAGACAGCACAGUACGGUCAUUACUGACAAUUCAUUCAGUGACAUUAACCUUUAAAAAGACACCUUUGUUAUCUCAGAAUGUUCAUUCUCAUUCAUUUGUCCCAGUAGACGUCCCAGCUGACACUGUGCCUGUUCCAUUUUAAAUGUCAAAAGUUAAAUAUUUCAUAAAGCCUUUUGAUGCAUUGUCACAGCCUGAUGGUGCUUUUAGGAAACAGUUUUGUCCCUUGUCAGUCUUGCUGUCAGUCUUGCUAUCAGUCUUGCUGUCAGUCUCCCCAGGAGGAAUACUUUUUCCCUUGCAAGGUAGAGUCGUGGGAAAAUGCACACGAUCACAGUGAAUAAGCCAACUGUUUACUUUAUGUUUCAGUGCUAAGGGAUGUACAUUGUCUGUAACAUUUAAUGCUUUUAAAUGUAUUGUGUGUAUCUGUGUUUGACAAAUAUUUGACUUUGAGCAUUGUGUUUUAAUAUGACAACUGAUGUGUCAAAAUAAAUUAAUUGGAAGACA